UGAGCUGCCCCUCUGCCGACCUGUCUGUGUUCCUGGUGUCUCUGCCCAAGUUGGUAACUUAGGAAUUGAGUUUUUGCUGGUUUUUCUCUCUGCCCUGUUUAGUUUUGGUGCUUUCUGGCCUCCCGUGUCACAGCGUGGUGCUACUUCAUUAGCACUUUGCUGACCCAGGGUGCAGGAUCUGGUGUUGUUAAUUACCACUAAUUGCAGCUUAUCGUGCCUAGCUAUGGGGCAGCCAGGUAGUGUCUGUCUGCAGCUCCAAUCCCAACAGCGGUGACUGCAACAGGUGUCCUGAGACUGAGAGAUCUCUCCCGGUUUAUCAAGUUCCUAAAGAAAGCAAAAGUCCUGCGGGAAGGGGCUGUUCAACCUCACCUGCAGCCACCUCAACCUGGUGGAGAAGGAAUACUUUGGGCUGGAGUUCUGCACCCAGGCUGGGAACCACGUGAGUGCGUGCGCUGUGCCCACAGCAUGGCAGCAGCGUCCUGCAUCGGGGCACCAGGUGGAAAAUGGAGGUGGGAACACCUUGAAAAUGGGAGCUGCAGGUCAGAGCCAGGCUGACGAAGCCCUGGGGACAACCACAGCUUGCUCAUGGGGUUUACCCAUAGCCACCUGUGGCAAUGCAGGAUAGCCCCACACUGGCCAGUGCUCCUUUAUGGCAUCCCACCAUGGUGCUGCUGCUUUCAUUUCUGCUGGCCUCGUGCUGUUUGCUGACUUAACUCUUUGUUGUCUUGUUUCAGGUCUGGUUGGAGCCUCUAAAGCCCAUAACAAAGCAGAUUAAAAGUAAGUAUUGCCAGAAUUAGGUUCUUCUCAAUCAUUGUGGAGCCAGACAGCACUGCACUCUGCUGUCCUUUGUGCUUGGGGAUGGGAGCUCUGCCUUCUGGCGUUUACCUGCCCUCCCUUAAUGGGUUGAGGCUGGGCAGGGUUGUUUGCAAAGACACAUGAACCCUUGCAGGAAUGUUUCUGCAAAGUGCUAGCUGCAUGUUUUAGGCUUGAGCUGUUCGUAUCCCAACAGCUGGGGUGGCUGUGUGUGUGCAUUGCUGUGCUGGCAGAGCAGUGGGAUCGUUUUCUGAAUGCCCUCCUUUCCCAUCUGCAGCUCUUUGCAGCCCAGGUGCCCAGCUGUAAGGCAUUCAGCACACAGUGACCCCGCUCCCUCCCAUACCCAAGGCCCCACUGCUGCAUGGUGAUGCUGCACAGCCCGACCUGAAUGCAUGAGCAGUGCUAACACAGCCCCUCCUUCAGCCUGUUCCUGCCCCUGCAAUGAACCAAAUGAUAUUUGCCACAAAUACACGUUGGUUAGGAGGUGGUCAAAAGCAUAGAGCCUGUGUUUCUAUCGGGAGUCCUGGAGCUGUCCUGCAGUGGCUCUCUUGGUGCCCACAGAGUUGGCUUCAUACCUCCAUAUGCUUUGCCUUGGGUUUGGCUGCUUGCUCUUGCUUGUCUCACAGAACAGCUCUGCCCAGUUGGAAUCCCCUGAAGCUGGUGCAUCCCAAGGGCUCAAAGGGCCAGGGAAACCCCAUGGGUUUUGCUGAGGGUUUAACAUGCAGCCCCAAUGGCAGCUGCACCACUCCAGGGCAACACCCAGAGCAUUGCUCCCAUAGGGACCCCUUCCUGAUGCAGAAAUCCCCUUCCUGACCCUUAACAAUUUCAAGUAAUUUGGGGUCAUGUUUUCUGUAAUGCUAUUGAGGAGUUCACCUCCUUGUUUAUUUCCAUCCAUGGUGGUGGGGUCUGGGCAGGAUGGCGGCCCUAGCGCUCAGAGCUUCUGCUCCAGACCUGUAAGGGGCAGAGUAACAUAAGGAGAGGUGUGUGUGAAGAGAGUUGUGAAUGUUCUCCAGAGCCACGUGAAAGAAAACUUAUGAAGGUGUUGUGUUUUAAGAUCCUAAGGAGGUUCUUUUCAAAUUUAUGGUGAAAUUUUUCCCAGUGGACCCUGGACACCUGCGAGAGGAGCUGACGAGGUACCGUGUUUGUUCUGUGCUCCCUCACUGCCCUGUCACCUUGUUUCUGCAGUCACUACGCAUGUGUUUAUUUCCUUACCAUCAUCCAACCCAACCUGUCUGUUUGCUGUGGUAAUCCCAAAUAUUGACAGAGCCCCGUGCUGUACAAAACAAGACGCCAAUGCGUAUCUUUUCUCGAUGCUCUGUUCUUAUACAAAAUCCACUCGAUGGCAAUGCAAUGUGCUUGCUGCCAAAUGUCUGAGCAGUUGGGCUCUCAGUCGUCUGGCUGUUGCCUCAAGCUGUGUUCUGAAAGAAGGACCUCCAUUUUAUUUUUGAAAUGGACAGGGCGAGCUCUUAAGUUUCACAGAAAGCACUGCAAACAGGAACUAAGGAUAAAACCAAUGCAGUGCUUCUGCAGAACAUUAUCCCUGAGAGACACAGAUGCCCUCCGAAGCAUAAAGGAGUGUUAGCUCUGAAACCUACUAAUGGCCAUAUGAGCAGCGGGGGCACGCUGCUCAAGGUGUCACCAGAUGGAUCUUCCUUGGGGGGCCUGCAUGCUCCUCCCGUGCUCCCCCCUCCAGCCCUCCAUCCUUUGGGCAGGGGCACAGGUGCACCUGGCUCUGUGUCCCAUAGAAAUAUCCAUGCUCAGGGCAGUUCCUGUCCCCCCUGCAGGUACCUCUUCACCCUGCAGAUCAAGAAGGACCUGGCACUGGCGAGGCUGCCCUGCAGUGACAAGAGUGCAGCGCUGCUCGUCUCCCACCUGCUGCAGUCCGAGCUGGGUGACUUCCACGAGGAGACAGACCAGCAGCACCUGGCCACACACAGAUACCUGCCCAACCAGGAGUACCUGGACAACAAGAUCAUGCACUACCACCGGCGGCACAGGGGGAAGACGCCGGCUGAGUCAGAUGCCCAGCUGCUGGAUGUGGCCAGGAAGCUGGAGAUGUAUGGGAUUCGCCCACACCCUGCCAGCGACGGCGAGGGAACGCAGAUCAACCUGGCGGUGACACACAUGGGGGUGCUGGUGCUGCGGGGCAAUACGAAGAUUAACACGUUCAACUGGUCCAAAAUUCGCAAACUGAGCUUCAAGAGGAAGCAUUUUCUCAUCAAGCUCCAUGCAAACAUUGCUACUCUGUGCAAGGACACGUUGGAAUUCACUAUGGCGAGCAGGGAUGCCUGCAAGGCUUUCUGGAAGACAUGUGUGGAGUACCAUGCCUUCUUCCGGCUGUCCGAGGAGCCCAAGUCAAAGCCCAAAGCCCUUCUGUGCAGCAAGGGCUCGAGUUUCCGCUACAGUGGGAGGACGCAGAGGCAGCUGCUGGAGCAUGGGAAGAAGGCGAAGAUAAAAAGCUUACCCUUUGAGAGGAAGCACUAUGCGUCCCACUAUGAUGAGAGGCAGUGCCGCUCCUCCCCGGACCUCCUGACAGAUGUGUCCAAGCAGGUGGAGGAGCUGCGCUUGGCCUAUGGCAGCUGUGGCUCCUUCCGCACCACCAGUGGGGUGCACACCUCAGAGCCCACACUGGACAGCCGCCACAGCGGAUCUGCCACAGCAAUGAUGUUUGCUGCCGAGCUGGAGCGCUCCAGGCCCGAAGUGAUCCCAGCCUUCCUGCCCCACUCCAAGAGCAGCUCCGCCUUCCCCCUGCUUUACACCCAGCUGGAGCUGGAGCGGGCAUGGGAGCCCACCGACCCCUUCAGCAGCAGGAACCCCCUGACGUCCUUCCGCCCCCACCACAAAUUUGCUGGGAGCAGCAGAAGCCCCUCAGUGGGCAACAUGCGGGAGGUCAGCGUCAGGCCGCUGGUGUACAUGGACGUGCCAUGCCCUCCGCUGCCACCCGCCCCGGCCUCCCAGCUCCUCUUCUAUGUAGACAGGCCACCGCCGGCCCCAUGCCAUGAGUCCAGCGAGGAGGCAGAGGGAGCGGCCGGUGGGUGCAUCCCCAUGGCCACAAAAAUGGCCAACUGGGGCCCCGGCAGCACCUGGAUGGGGGAACUGCAGCACGAAGCCUCACACAGGGCUGUGGGUGCCGGCGUGGGCCCGGCCAGGGAGAGAAGGCAGCCGGCUCGCUCCUUUGAUUACAGCCUUCAGGAGCAGCCUCCCAAGCGCUCCUGGAGUCAGUCGGACAUGAAAGCCAUCCGCUUCCCCUACAGCUCUGAGUUCAGGCCCCUGGGUCCGUGCCCAGCCCUGAGCAGCCGGCAGGCUGGCAUACUGCAGCACAUGCUGGCCCAGCAGCAUGCAGUGCCAGGGCUGCGGCGUGCUGCUGAGCGCUACGUGGGCAGCAGCACUGAGUCCAGCGACUCCGAUUGCGACCUCCUGGCUGCUGACUAUUGCUCCCUGUAUGGCAGAGUGCUGCGGGCACCCAGGGCCCGUGUGCGGCUGUCCUCGGGCAGCCUGCAGCUGGAGGAGGAGGAGGAUGAAGAGGUGUCCUUGGCCACUGGUGCUGCUGAAGAGAGGACUUGCAGGGGGGCCUCCAGGUAUUUCACGUAGGUGCCUCUUGCCUGCCGAAAGGAGAGGCCGGGCAGAGCCAAGGCUGCCGAAGGAUCGCGGUCCUGCUUGUUGUUUGUGAAACCAGGUGGUUGGCUUGUAUUGUGUGAGUGAUGGUAGUUGUAGAGGAUGUGUUAACAGAUAGCUGAGGGCGUCCAGAAGUACCCAUCUCCUGUGGCACACAAGGAAGAUGGCACAUUGCUGUCACCAGGUUGUUCCCAUGCUAGGGAUCCAACACCAUGCAGAAGAGCUAGGGCUCUCCCAAAGCCCCACAGCCACCAUCUCCAGUCCUCGCAAGGCUGGCUCAGAGCUCAGCCCCUGCUGUCAUUAUCAGUACACUGGGUGGAAAGAAAAAGGCAGCUGCAUCCCAUCAAAGUUCAUAAACAUCUUGUUUUCCCAGCCCCGGGGAAGCACACGCUUCCCCAUCAGAAGGGAGCAGCAUGGGCACAGAGCUGCCACUGUCCCAGCAUAGAGCUUGCCUGCUACCUCACCUUGCAAUCGUGCUCCCAGCCCUUGAGAGCAGCUGCACACAUUUUUUUUCUUUUUCUUUUUUCCUGUGUAAUAAAAAGACCAUUACCCUACACCUACAGGCCAUCUGCCAACAGGAGAAUGGUGCUACAGAGGUACGAUGUUAGAGGAAGAUCUUUCUACUUUUUGUUUGAUUUUUAAUAACUCCAUGAGGCUGUAGGACAUGACUACAAUUGGGACAGUAUAUCUAUGAGAUACUGGAAUAGAUUUCAGGAACACAGGAGCUGAAGCAAGGACCAAAUAGAUUAAGAAGUACAAAGAACUAGGUUUAUGGUUACUGUCUCACACUGAGCGUCAUUGUCUUUUGUUUUAGAAGCUGGACAAU